CAUUAGAGUGCAGGCGUCUUAAAGGUUUCUUCCUGGGAGUACCGGAGAUCCCCUGGUACUAGACACGGAAGCCGGUUAAGCGAAAGCAUUUUCUAUUCCGUCCACAACCAUUUGAACCAUUUGAAGGCGCAGGGCACAAGUUAAUUCCCUACUUCAAGACAUAUUCUUUUGUAAUCGAGUUGGAGAGAAAAUCGAUUGCAGUAUGGUAACCGUGAGGCCGUUUACUUGCUUAGACUUGUUGAAGUUUGGGAAUAUUAAUCUGGAUAUGUAUACGGAAACUUAUAGUAUCGGAUUUUAUCUGCAUUAUCUGGCGAAAUGGCCAGAGUAUAUGCGAGUCCUAGAGUCACCUACACUAACCUGUUUUGAAAGGAAUUCGGCAUGUCUUUCGGAUAUUCCACACACAGGUGAUGCACAAAACCCAUCUCCUAAGGUAGUAUCAAUACCAUCUACGUGUCAACGACUAAUGGGCUAUAUGAUGGCGAAGUCGGAAGGUCAUGCACUGGACUGGCAUGGUCAUGUCACAGCGCUGUCAGUGGCUCCUGAGUAUCGUCGUUUGAGAUUAGCUACUCAAUUAAUGCUAGAGUUAGAAGAAACUUCCGAACGGAAACGAUGUUACUAUGUUGACCUAUUCGUACGUGCAUCUAACAAACUGGGCAUAGAUAUUUAUAGUAAAUUGGGGUAUAUUAUAUACCGCAGAGUCUUAAAUUACUAUUGGGGUUCUGUUGAAGAUGAAGAUGCUUUCGAUAUGAGAAAAGCACUUUCAGCGGAUGUGCUCAAACGAUCUGUUAUACCAAUGACAAGGCCGAUACGUCCAGAAGAAUUAGAACAUCCAUGAGCAUACAGAUGAAGUCUUGUUUAUUGGUUCUAUAUGUAAUAUUAUUCAGUGGAUGUAUCUUUUGUAACAAUAAUAUCUUUUCUCUUC